AGGGACAAAACAAAGGAAUGAUAGCUCCCUUCCGUACUGCCUUUCAACACUGAAUGGUGUCUUUUAGAUUCAUGUAUGGCCAAACGUACGCAUCCUUGUGUUGGGCAAUUUGAAAGCAGAAGGUACUUAUUGGGAGCCGGUACGUUUUAAACCAAUCAAUGUAACAGAAUACGAAGAAACUCGUGGUACCAUUAUGACCCGCUAUGGUCGUUCCAUUUGCUGGCCGAGUAGUCUCUCUGCCGACUGUGGUCAUUUCCGAUCGAGACGAAGAUCGCAGUGGUUAGCUUUUUUAAAGAUUGUUAAAGAUACAUUCAAUAGAAACGCCUAG